AUGGAUUCCACCGGCUGGGGACAGAAUCCCGGUACCCAAUCAUGGCCUCCCUCAAAAGCCAUCGAUGCCAUCGAGACCGGCCUCUUCUUCUGGUGGCCAGUUGACUUCAUCGGCGCCUUUUUCGCUACCUCUCUUCCCUCCGGAUCCCCGGUACGAGCAAACCACAUUUUUGUUCUUGCCUGUGUCUGGGUGAAAUUUCCGGGAAAAGAUCGGGAUCGAGCUUGUUGUCGAUCGUGCUGGAGGGAGCCACAGCCACAAAGGGGGGAAGAAAGAAAAGAGAGAGAAGGGCGGAGGAAGGCAGAGAGACAGGAGUCCAGAUCAUUGGGCUUUCACGGUCUCACGAUCCUCUGUGCGCCACCACCGGCCAGUCACCAAUAUAGACUUGGCUUGGGUUCUGACGAACACGUCCCUAGGGGGGCCCAUUAUUGCCCUCAUUUCCGUUCCGAUAGUCUUCUUUACCCACCUGGCUGUGAAGGACCUGCCCUUCCGAGCUCUGACGGUCAGAAGAUCCGUUGGACUACUUGGGCUCUGCUGACCUGUCUCCGCUUCAGGCCUGGCUACGGGUGCUCCUCUUUCUGUUAUCAUCGUGGGGGGCACGGUCUUUCUGUCAUCGCUCUCCCUGCCUGUUCACAUCCUAAGUUCACCCACCCACCCCCCUGGCUCAACGCCCAUGGGGGAGAACACACCCUUUCGCAAUUAAUUGCCUUCCCCUACCAAUCCCUGGAUAAUCCACCUCAACAGUCACAAAUGUCUGCCAAUUUUCCCAUACCUUUGAAACUGCCAGGGGGAAGGAGAACGCGGCUUCUGUGUGACCCAUCGUCUUUUGGCGUGAUUAAGGGCCACUACGGCACAGUGCUUGUGCCCUACGUCCCUCUUCGCCGCGACGCUCGUUUUCUGGUCUCUGUGGCGUAA